GAUCCAACUAUUAAUAUUUUUCAAGUCUCCUAUACAGGUAAUGCAAAUCAAGUAGGUCAAAAUUUAUUUUGUUUUGCUGGUGUUGAUUCAAUUGGUAAUCAAGGGGAUUCAAAUUGUCUCCGUUUUACAGUACAAUUAGCUUCUGAUAGUCGUAAUACUCUCUAUGUUAACAAUGCAACUCAUUUUCCAAUGGGUCUUGUAUCAAAAUAUCAAUCAAAUUGGACAUUACUCUAUCCAACAACAACAACAUUUGUACGACCAAGUACUGAUGCAUAUAUUCGUUUUAAAAUCACUUCGACUCAACAAGACUUUGUUACAUAUAAUGUAGUAAAACAAACAACCAAUGUGAUUUAUCUUUCAGAUCGUUUGAUUAUAUUAUCAAAUGUUGUUUUUAGUCCUGGACAAAAUUAUUAUAUUUCAAUAGAUCCAGGUGUAUUUUUACCUAUAGCAACUUGUUUACGAGAUUCAAUGGGUAUAACAGAUAAGACUUUUUGGCCAUUUAAUACAGCAUCUGAACCAAAUACAACAGUAACAACAAGUACUACAUCACAGUCAUCAACAACAACUUUAGUAAAUCGAACAGUACCAACAUUACGAACAAUUACAACUCAAGUUACACAAACAACACAAACGAAAACAACGACUCGUGUAACUACAGCAACAAGUUUAUCAACAACAACAAAACAAAUUCAUUUUACAUCGCCAUUUCCCGUCAGUGGUGUCGUUGGUAUUUUAAUUGGUUCAUUAAUACUAAUUAUGCUGAUUAGCUUUGUGAUUAUCCAAUGCAAGAGACGUGCUCCAACUAAUCUAUCUACCGAAUCUAAGAUAACACCAACAAAGAAAAAAUCCAUGGCCGACAUUUUUCACCAAUAUCGAAUAGCCACUCGUAAAAAUACUCAAGCAGCUCGUCGAUCUGUUGCUUACAUAACGAACACUUCUUUAUCAUUCGGUUCAGACACUCAGCAAACUCUCGUUUCUAUCGAAUGUUAG